UAUUAUUCGUCACCGUCGCAAAAACAGUUCUCUCCUCUCUCUCUCUUCAGUCUUGCUUUAGCUCUGUUCGCUCCGAGCAUUCUAUCUCUCUAUUUAUCCAUCUCUCUGAAUGCAUCACAGCACCAUAAACCUCAAUUUCAAAUUCUCAUGUCCGUACAAUGGACCCUUCUUCCCUCAAAACCCUAGGCCGACCUUCUCCCUUUUGCCGCCAGUUUAUCGCUCCAAUUCCGUCUUCAACCUCGCCAAAGGGGUCGAGAUCUCCGUUCCCAAACUCAACCCUAAGUCCAGCUCCAAGUUCGUCAAUGGCUCCGUCGCCGACAGACCGUCGUCGAGAGGCGUCGCCCUCAAAGACAUCGACGUCGCCACCCUCGGCAAUCUCUGCGUCGAUAUCGUCCUCAAUGUUCCCGAAUUGCCCCCGCCCAAGAAGGACGAUCGCAAAGCUUACAUGGACCGUCUAGCUGCGUCGCCGCCCGACAAGCAAUACUGGGAAGCUGGUGGCAACUGCAACGUGACAAUAGCGGCAGCGAGACUGGGCCUACGCUGUUCUGCUGUUGGCCAUGUGGGUAGUGAAAUCUAUGGAGGCUUUCUUCUAAAUGUUCUUCGAGAGGAAGGAAUCAGAAUGGUUGGGAUGAGCGAAGAUACUGAUUUUGUUGACAAUGCUGCUAAUUCCUCAUAUGAGACGCUUUUGUGCUGGGUUUUAGUGGAUCCACUGCAAAGACAUGGCUUUUGCAGUCGAGCUGAUUUUAGUAAGGAGCCUGCUUUUAGUUGGUUGAGCAAAUUAUCUGGAGAUGUAAAAAGGGCUAUAAAGCAGUCAAAGAUCCUUUUCUGCAAUGGUUAUGGCUUUGACGAGCUCUCACCUAGUGUAAUAGUCUCAGCAGUAGAGUACGCUAUUGAAGUUGGAACAUCGGUAUUUUUUGAUCCUGGGCCACGUGGAAGAAGUCUUUCUGUUGGAACUCCUGAAGAACAAAGAGCACUUAAGCAUCUCUUGAUAAUGAGCGAUGUUCUUCUUCUAACUUCUGAUGAGGCUGAGACACUGACAGGCAUAGAGAAUCCAAUACUAGCAGGGCAGCAGCUGCUCAAGCAAGCCGCGCACACAAAAUGGGUGAUUAUUAAAAUGGGCCCGAAGGGUUCAAUUCUAAUAACUAAGUCAAGUAUUUCUUGUGCACCCACAUUCAAGGUAGAUGUUGCAGACACAGUUGGUUGUGGAGACAGUUUUGUCGCUGCUAUUGCAUAUGGUUUUAUAAACAAUUUGCCAAUGGUUAAUACAUUAGCAAUUGCAAAUGCAGUUGGUGCUGCAACAGCCACAGGUUGUGGUGCUGGGAGGAAUGUUGCGACCCUGGAGAAAGUACUUAAACUUAUCAGAGAAUCAAAUCUCAGUGAGGAUGAUUCAUUUUGGAAUAAGUUGUUUAGCCAAGAUUUGGACGCUGAGGAAGUUACAAUCCUAUCCAAAAGGGUCGUAAAUGGGAGCAACAAGAGGCUGAAUCAUGUUUCUAUGCAAAGCAUCGUCUCUGACUUGCUUCCCAAGCUUGAACGUGCACCAUUAGAGAGCGAAAGUUUCAUCUUGAAGGAUUAGACGGGAAUAGAUUUUUGGCAAUGAAUUCUGGCCUAGUAGGAAGUACAUUUUCUGGGGUGUUUGCUCUUGAAUUUCUGCCAUGAAAUGACACCGGCAUUGAGAAUAAUCAACAGAUGUUGGAUUCUUUUCAGAUCGAAUCAAAGUCCAGUAACGGUCAGAUUGAAGAAAAAUUUGAAGCAGGAGAUACUGGGGUUGCUUAUCUUUCAGCUGAUUAUUUGUGCUUCUAGCAGAAUAGUUUCCAGGCCUGGGAGCUUCUAUUUAAUGGGUUUUGGCAUCAAAUUUUCCCAAUGCGACAAAAACAUGUUCGAUUCUUUGCACCACCGCCCCCAAGAUUUAUGGUGUUGGUGCAGUGUAUUCUUUUGCAUAAAGCACUGUCGUCCUAGAUGGCUUGACAAGGUAUGUAGCAACAAAGGAAAGUAGUUUAGCUGCAUCAAUUUUCUGUUAUAUUGUUGGAAUGCAAAUGAUAUAGAGAAACUCAAUCAUGCUAUCUUGAUAGUCAAAUUUAGAUACCAAAUGGGUUAUUUUAGACAUUCAAGAAUCCAUACGAUGAAGAAAACCAUUGUAUAAAUCUGACAUGGCAUUGGUCACAAUGCCUUCGCGUUCAUGACUUGGACCCUUCACUGCCUACGUUUAUUCUGAUCGAAAUCUGACGGUGACAGCUAUAAAAAAUAUCAUAAAAA